AUGGAGGAGAGGCGGAAGGAGGCCAGGGCACGGCUUCCACACAAGGUACGUGAUCACCUCGAUGCCGAUUUGAGUGCUCAUCUUGUUCAUCUGUGGAAUCACAGCAUCGAGGUUGAGGUUGGCCGGGAGGUUUUUGUUCAGUGCUCGGUUAAGCUGGUUUCUAGUUCACCGGAGGUAGUUCCCCUUCGUGGCGCUAGUCUGGCGAACCCACGGUGGUCUACUUUGGGUGGUGAUAGCCGGUCGUUUUCGCAGGUUCUUCAGGCUCCUCCGCAUCCUGGGAAGAACAUGGAUUGGCGUACUUAUCCUCCAUAUCGCUUCAAUCAAGGGUUCGAGGGGAAUCGGGGUGCUGGUUUUCGCACUGGAUGGCAAGGAGGUGAAGGUCGUGGCUAUGGUGAUAGAGACAACCGGAACCAGUACCGCCAGACUGAACCAGUACCUCAGGAAGAACAGAAGGAGGAAUCCAUCCCAAACCAGAAGGUGGGGUCCACUGAAGUUGAAACCUCUGUGAACAAUACACAAAUUGUGGCUAAUGAAUCUCAGAAUACAUGGGAGGGGGAUAACGGGGCACGUGAAGCUCCUGGAAAAGUGGGUCACAUUGUUUCUGUUUGUCCUAACCCUAUGGUGUGCUCAAGGUGUCAUAAGGAAGGGCAUGUGGGUUUUCAUGUCAUUGAAACUACCAGCAAUGAGGAAGGGAUAAAAGACAUGUCUACUACUGCAUUAGUGACUGUCACUUCUGGACAGGCUACUGCUAGACAGAUUGAAAAUGAAUUCAAAAUGAAGGCUGGUCCAAACUCCUCUUGGAGAUGGUUUGCUAAAAGAGUUGGAGAGAGCAAAUAUCAGAUGAGGUUCACUAAUGCACAGACUAUUGAGGACUUAGCCCACUUCACUGAGAUGAGAAUAAGAUCUGCCCCUGAGGUGGUCAUUAAGAUUGAGAAAUGGAAUCCUACUACUGGGUCCAAGGGGCCCCUGGAAGUGGCUUGGUUCAGAAUUUCCAACAUUCCUUUUGAGAAAAGGAAUGAAAGGGAUCAGCCAAAGGAUGAUUUCCCAUCACCUAAGAAGCAGAUGAUGGAUCAGAUUAAGCAGGCUGGCCAGUCCUCUGAAGCUGGGCCAAGCAAGAAUUAUAGUGCUAGCAAAGAGCUUAGGAAAGUGGUUAUCAAUGAGUAUGGAUCAAACUUCAUGAAAUACAAACAAGACCCCCUGGUGACCAUUGAAGCCAAGAAAGCUCUUUUGGAUAGUAAGAGAGAUGAUAUUUUCCAGUUUGAUGAUUUUAUUGGAAAAUCUGGAUCCACCAAGAAAAUGUCUACCAUCAUGGAGGAUAAGGAAGAAGUUGUGGAAAGAGCUACAUGUAUGAGCCCUGUUAAGGGUAGCCAAGGGGGUCUGAAGUUGAGAUGUCUAGGGGAAGAUGGCCAAGAGGCUGAGGUAAAUGUGAUGGCCAUGGAUACUGUCAAUGGAAAUAACAAUGUCAAGGACAGCAUUCAAGAAGCCAGUGGUGAUCAUGAUAUAUCUACAAAAGAAACCAGCCAGCUGGAGGUGAUGCUUGAGAAAGCUCAGACUGAUAAUGUGCAAGGGCCUACUGAGAAACUUAAUGCCUGGGAAAAUCAAGCCAAUGAUCUGCAAGCAGUGAUGGAGAAAGAGCAAGAUGUAGACAAGGAGGGGUGGUCCCAAUGGCAGGAUGUGAGGCAGAGCAAGAGAAUCAAAGCCAAUGGCUCCUUUCAGCAGAAGAUGGGUGAACAAGCUCCAAGCAAGAAUCUGCAAGACAUGGAAGAUGAAGAUCUUGAGAAUGCAAGAAUGAAAUUGAAUGAGCACUCAAGUGCUCCUGUUGAUCAAGUGAUUAACCUGGAAGAGGAUAAUCUUCCCUUAGAAGACCAAAAUAUUCUUGAAUGGGGAUCUGAGGAGUCUGAAGAAGAACCUCUUGUUCUGAUAGCUAGUGGGGUAGCUAAGAAGGGUCUUAGCUCUUAUAUCAAGGAGUUAAUCUGGGAUCAUAAAGCUGAUUUCAUUGGUAUUUAG